AACUCUGCGUGUGUUUGAGAAAUACUGGCAGCGGCUUCGCAUGUCAAAUGAGACGACGAGACAAUCACCUGCUCCGCUCGUCAAAAGUUUACAGAGAAAUUGAUGGAUUUAUGUCUUCAUUUGUUCUUGUUUUGGUUGUUUUUCUCUCGGCUAAGACUCUGAAGUUGAAACUUUGAGGCCUGUCAGAGCGCAGAGCUUGAUCCAUGUGAGGAUAAGAGUCCAAACGGGUCUGUUUUGGUGGUCUUCUUUUUUUUGUUGUGCAUGCUCUCAUUCAUCUGGACGCACGAGUGGAGCCUUAUGACAUUACGCACAGAGCAGGAGCGGGGCUGCAAAUGGGCGGCAUAGGUGGCAACCUCUACCUCAGCAUGUUGAAUGGGACUGAAACGCAAACUUUCGGGAAGAACACCGACAUCAGCAGUCACCUGCACCACCGCGGCGGGAAGGAUCUAUCAGAGUUCAAAAUGGGGAUUCAGGACGCGAGGUUUUACUACCCGGACUCGGUUCAGAGCGGGCAGGACGCUCUGACUCUGCCGUACCACUCGGAGCAGGCGGUGGGAGGGUACGGAGCGCAGCCCGGCAGGUUUUACGCACAGAGCCUCAGCAGCUGCCCCUACACCGGCGUGCGCUCUCCACCGAGGAGCGGAGCCGGGCAGGGUUACAUCCCGGCGGCAGGAGACGGGUUCCCUACAGGCGGUAAAGACUUGUACUCUCCCUCUGCGGAAAAUUACCCAGGGGGCUUUCAGCACGGCUACCAGCGGCCGCCUCUCUACCCUCUACCUGGUCUACAGGUGUGCGGGAAGACGCAGGCUCUGCUCAAUAACUACCCGCUGUGGGCCAAGUUUCACAAGUUCCAGACCGAGAUGAUCAUCACCAAACAGGGGAGGUAAGCUGACACACACACACGCGCGCACACACACACACACACACACCUCCAGCUGUUUUUAUUCUGAUUCCUCCAACUCAGUCUGCAGGUUUGUGUCGAUCCGGGAGAAAAACGCGCAGCGGGAGGGUGACACGAACUGCAAAUUACGCACGAAAUGUCGCUCCACUUCAUUCCUUUACACACUCUUUAUAAUUGAGGCAGCGGCAGUUUUCCACUCAUGAUGAGGCAUUACUGCUAUAACAACCACUCCACCACAGUGACUUCACAUUUGACAUGAAGAGAAGAGUUUUUCUGAGAACGGCAGGAGACCUUAUCGCCUCGUCAUGCUGCCUGCGCGAGCUCCGAUCAGACUUUACAUGUCUCUAACUCUCUCUCAGGACUUCACGACCACAUCUCUGUCUCUGGUCAGGUGUUGACUGAGGUGUUGGCAGCUUUGGGUUCGAGCUGUGAGAAUGAUGAGAAUGACCUCUGAACUAUAUUCACAGCAGAGGUGCAGACAGACGUGUUAGCACUUUGACGCUUUUUGCGCAAAAUAUGGUCUGAAAAAGCAGGAAAAAUUACGCGCAAAUAUUCCUUUUAAAUGUCCUUUUGAGAUGCAGGAGGAAUAAAACAACUUUUUUAAUUUACAUAAUUAAUUUGCACAAAUCCAUGUCACUUUUCUGUCGUUUUUAUUGCGUAAAAUGUGUAAAAUCAAAUUAUUCUUUUGGCAGAAUUUGUGAGAAAAGGUGGAGUAAAUAUUUCUCACAGGGGGGGUUUCUGGGAAACAUUUUGACACCUCUGUGUGACCCUCACAGUCUGGGGGAUCCCUUUAGUUUUACACAGCUGGAAUUUAACCCCAAAAGUAGGGCAACCAAUUAAAUUUACGCAUUGAUUUUUGCGCAUUUACGCUCAUUUUAAAGCUGAUUGUUUUUAUAUAAUUUCUUAAUCUGAAAAAUAAUCUAAUUUUAGGCGUUUUUACAUUUAAAUAGUUUGUAUAAAAUCUAAUUGAAGUGUCCGAGUGAGAGUCUCCAGAACAAACUCUGUGAUCAGUCCCUUCAGCGCGAUCGUGAAAAUGAUCUCAGGAUUAUUUUUGGUGUUUUUGUUUUUUGUUUUUGUUUGUUUUUUUUACGGGAAGAAGGAGAGAGAGAAGGAGAGAGAGAGAGAGAGAGAGAGAGGGAGAGGGAGACGGUGGCGCUGGCGGGUCCUCUGAUGGGUCAGUGAGCAUGAAGGCGCAGUCACGUCGAGGAGGAUUAAUCCUGUAAAACGCGACACUUGUGUUUGACAGAAGGUUUCAGGCCACGCGGUUCUCAUGGCGCAGAAAACAGGAGCGCUGUCACAUCAGAGGACACUGAUAUAUUUACGAUAAAUACUCAAACUUUACUAAUUAGUAAAAAAAAUAUCAUUUAGACUUGAUUUUUUUGUGUGCAUGUCUUCAUGUCUUUGCACGAACUGGAUUUGCUGCAGGUUUGAACCUUUAGACUCCAGACUGCAGGAUUUCACCUGCUGCUGAAUUUGAGUUCAUUUCUACUUUAAUUCUUUAAAACCUAAAACUACUAAAAUAAUCUGUAUAAAUGCAUUACUAAAUAUGGGAACUAAAAAUGAUAUAUAUUGAUUUUAGAAACUAGAAAAUGAUCAGAUGGAAAGCUUUAACUUUGCAGACUAAAUAAAACAGACUGGUGAUUUGGAGAUUAUCUAAACUCAGUCUUAGAUUAAAACUAAAUAUUGAAGGUUGAAAAUCUGUUGUGAUAUUUUUAGGACAGGGACACCAAAGACUAAAAUAAAGUUUUCUAAAGCGAAAAAUAAACCUGGAGGUGAAUUUGCGUCAAAUUGGAAACAUGACAGAGUCUAAACUCAGAGUUUAUCUUCAGAGAGAGGAAGAAAUUCACUAUGUGAGGGUCUGUGUGAGCGAAUAAUUCAACAGUUUUCACAUCCAUGUUCCUGAGCUUUACACUGUAAAGAAUACGUGGAUUUUGUUAUUUAAGGAUUACAUUAAAUUAUAUUUUAAAAAUAGAUUCUGGAGAAAUCUCUGUGCUGAAAUUACAAGGCCAGAAACCAGAAACCGAGACCUCCGGGCCCUCGAGUGACACGACUCUGCUGUGGAAAUCACUGCAGGAGCUCAAAAUCACCUCCAGAAACCGCCGUCUGUACACACACCGUACAAACAUGUGUCAGAAAAGCCGCGGACUUCCAGUUAGAGACGAACCGAGCAGAAGUGGAAAUUAGAUUUAAGCACAAGGUUCAAAAACCAUCAGACAUCUGUGAAGGCCUCAUUACUGCUGGACAACAUCUACAGGUUUAGGAGGAACAUCCAGACAAUGUCGACUUCAUGAUUCAGCAGGACAAUGAUAAACCGUAUCCUAGCAACAACAUCAGGGCUCUGUAGUAGAAGAGUCCUGGAGCCGAAACGGGCCUGUCUGCAGAGGUGGAGGUGGUGCAACUUUCAACUUUAUGGAGAUUUAAAAGAGCGUGUAUUCUUUAUAUUUUUUAGUUUCAACAUGGAAUAAAUAUCGGAUUAAAUUCAUUUGCAAACCACUAACUUUUCACGCCGCACGCUCACUUUGUAGAUUUUUUGUUUUGGUGAAAUCAGAGAGAGUUUCAGGUCGCUGUCGUGUCACACACCUGAUGUUUUUAAAGUGUGUAUGAGGUGUGUUUCUGUUUUUCUUCCUAUUUAACUGAAGCUCUGAAACACAAAUAUCAGGAGCUGUCAAAAUAAUGACUCAAAUAUAGUUUUAAUUAAAAGUAUGUCAGUGUGACCGCAGUGUUAGCAGAGCAAAUGAAACUGUCACACACACACAAACAAGACUUUGUGUUAAUACUUCCCCCAACAACAACAGCUUUGGUGAAAUGGGCGUGGAGGUGAUAUCCUUCCACAUGAGACAAAAAAGCUAAUUUUUCGUGUCGUGCAAAAACCACAAACCUCGUGUUACAAACAUUUAAAAUAAUGACGAUGAAAACAAGCGGUGAAGUUCAGAAAUAUCGAGAAAUACGACAAAACUCCUGCGAGCUUUUGGAGAAGUUGAGCUGCAGAAAAAAGAGGAUUUUUUUCCCUCCAGUAUCAGAGGUGAAAUCCUCCUUAAAUUUUUAUCUAGGGUUCAGACUUCCACAUUAAUUUUGCUGUGAUUUUUUUAGACAGAAAGGGUCUGAGGGUCUGCAUUGUUAAUCAAAACCCCGAAUCUAUGAGAGAACAGGUGGAAGAAAGAGUCGAGGAAACUAAGAGAAGGGUCAAACACCACUGAGCCUUUAGAUGGCCACGCCGAGGAGAUGAAGCACCUUUGAAGUUCAGGAAGUAAAAGACUAGAUUCUCUCUUUUUUUCUCUCCUUCUUCAGUAGAGCGAGCGCCUGCGUGGUGUACAGCCUGACAGAUCUCUCAGAAGUUUUGCUCGUGUACCACACCUGGGCUUUUGAAAUCUCGAGACAUUUUCAGGGGCCUGUGGCAAAGGGAGGCGAAUUCAUCUGCACUUCUCGUGAGGUUGAUUCAGAUCACCGCGCGAGCUGGCGCCACUUCGGGCCGUGUGGUCGUUGUUUGACUCUUGCAGGGAGGCAAAGGUCGUCAUCAUCAUCAUCAUCAUCGUCUCUGCAGAAACACAGAAGAGCACAGAUAUAAACAUAAACAUAUUAUUGUCUUAUCUUGUUCAGAGAGAAGAAGAAGGAGAAAUUCAUGCAAAAGAAAGAGUUCAAAAAAAGACCAGAGUGACUGAGACUGAAAAGAGAAAGUGAAUUUUUUCCUCUUGACUUUGAUUUGAGCUAAUAAGUUGAUCCUACACCUGGUGUGUGUGUGUGUGUGUGUGUGUGUGUGUGUGUGUGUGUGUGUGUGUGUGUGUGUGUGUGUGUGUGUGUGUGUGCACUUCAGAUAUGAGUCAGGAGGACAAACUUUUCCCUACCAGAGUUUCCAAGAAGCAGCUUCAUAUGAAGAAAUUAAAAACUCGUAUAUAUUUUCAGAUUUUACUCGUUUGAAGACCUCCUGAAGUUCGUCCUGAGCACGAAUCAACAUUUAAUGCUUCGAAAUGAGCGCUGAUGAACUUCUGCUUGACCAUGCGGCGUCUCGUGUGUUCGAGGAAGGAGAUAGGACUGACUAAACUCUAACCUUCCAGCGAGGUGAUUGCAGCGAUACACCUCAGACUGAGAGGAUUCAUGCUCAUCUGGUCUCUCUGCUCCACUGAAUCCAAACUCUCGACGCGCAUCAGUCUGUUAGUUUUCAGAGAGGAAACAAGAUUGACAGACACAGACGGACAAACAGAUAACAACAAAGUCCUUAUCGGGGAAAAAGCAGAAUUAUGACGUUAUUAUCGCGCGAUAAUCAGCAUAAAUGGGGAAGUUACGACAUUAAAUGAGGACGGGAGUUGCAUCAGAUCUUUUUAUUUAGAGAAAUAUUUGUUUGUGCUUCAUCUUCAUCGAAAAACUGUAAUUAUUAAAAUCAUAACUGUAAAAUAUCUUCAUUUGUACGAUGUAGAUGAUAAUCUAGUUUCUUUCCAGAGUGGGUUUGUCAUAUUAAGGGCAUUUUCACUUUGUAUCACCACGGAAACUAAAGUGGGCGCCCCCUCCUGAAGCAGCAGGUUCCACGUCUGAAUAUAAUAACGCAGUAAAACAGUAAAGGGUCAGGUCUGAGGGAUGUUUGGGAGUCUUGUGCACCGUCUCUCUCUCCCUCUCUCUCUCUCUCUCUGAAAGCAGAAGUGGACUAUUUCAAGGUUUUGACGGUAUGACUUGUCACUUCCUGUUCAGCUGUUUAUGUGUGUGUAUGCAGCUUUUCGCAGAAACCUCUAGUGCCAAUAUUUUCACCGGGUUAAACGAGAGCCCGUGUAAAAUAACCUCCUUUAAAUAACUGAAGUCCAACACGUGUCCAGCUGCGGGCCAAUCCAUGCGCCGGUAUUCUCUGACUGCUAUCAGUCUAUAUUUGGUUUUCAUGAGGGUUAAUUAAGGUUUAAGGCUUCAAAUAAAACGUCUGAUUUGAAGUUUAGGAAACCAGAUAGUAAGGCUGCAAGAUUCUGAGCAAAAUAAAAUCUUGAUUUACAUUUUUUUAUUUAGUGACAACUUCACCAAACUUCACUUUAAUAAUAAAAAGUUUUUCUAUCAUCUUUCAAAACAAAACCACUGAAAACGAUGUAGUGCAUAUGCCAAGCCAGUGAGUGGCGCUGUAACGCUUCAGAGGAAAUACACAAAAGACAGAAGAAGAGUACAGAGUAGGACUGGGCGAUUAUAUGAUCGUGAUCAAUGAUCGUGAUGAAUUUCAGUUCGAUCACGGUGAUCAGCUGUGAGCGUAUUUACUCGAUCAAACAUGGCGGAAACGUGCGUCACAACAGCCAAUCAGAGUCGAGCUUCUCCUGCUCACUUCUAUAAGUUGUCGGAGAAGUAACACAUUACAGAACAUUAUCGCAAUUCUGAAUCUCCUAACCCUAACCCUGAUCUGACAGACGAUGACGUUUUAACCAAUCAGAGCCCAGCAAUUCUAGCCAAUCAGAGAUGAAGGAGGGCGGGACCUUCUCCUACCAUUCUACAAAAAAAAAUUUCGCCUCCCGCAGGAAGGGGGCGCCUACAAUGGCCUGGAGGUGCGAGACAAGACAGAGAUGAAGAUCGAUUUGACGAUUUUAAUUUUUUUUAACAUCGUCAGAAUCAAAUAAUCUGAUUAUGAUUCAAAAUUGAUUAAUCCUUCAGCCCUACAAGGAUAUUUGAUAUUCUGUCAAUUCUAGCAGAUACAUCAGUUCUUCUCUAUUCUGACUUUCAACCACUCACUAUGAAAUUUAGCAAACUGAAAUGAAAGGAAAAGAUCCUCUCUGAGUGUCUCUGAUGUCCUAAAGUUUAAUAUGAUUAUAAUAAUAAUAGGAGGUAAAAGCACACAUGACCUUGUUCCAUACAUAAACACAGACUGCAUCAGCACCAGAGGGAUUCAAACCCACAGCUCUAAUCCACCAGACAGCCUCCCUAACCAACCUGCCAGCGUGCCACUCUGAUUCACUGGAAAGUUGACGGUAAUGACAGUCGGCUGGCUGUCGCUCCCUCAGCCUCACUCAGGUGUACACAUACGCACAUGAACACUCAUAACUGGAGUCUUUUCAUUCAGACAGAUAUGAUGUGUGGUGAACCAGCCAGUAAUACAGAGACAGUUCAGCUGGGGAUGACAUUUAGAAAAAUCAAAAUAAACCGCGUGGAUGCCAAGGAGAGAGAAAGAGAGAAAGAGGAAGAGGAAGAGGAAGAGGAGGGGGAUGGGGAGUCGGGCAGACAGAGGGGAAACCGCGUGGGGGAAACAGAGGUUAGAGAAAGGGAAAAGGAAAGAGCAGGAGGGAGGGAGAGAAGGAGGCAGAGAGGGAGGGAGGGAGGGAGGGAGGGUGGAGGGUUUGUCCUGGGGAUGGAAAAGAGGAACUAGAUAUUCACCGGGGAGAGGACUUUUCCGCUCGAGUGCAGCGGCUGAUUCAUCCGGACAGGAGUUCAGGUCCAGUUUUUGUCACCGUGCGAGCGCCUGAUCAUCUGUGACGAUAACAUGCCAGUCUACAGCUGCUGCCGGACACAAGCACUCUUUAACACGGACGCUCUGCUCCUCUACGGCCUUAAAGCAGAAGAAUCCACUGACCAGAUGUGUGAGAGUCGCAGUGAUGUUGAGUUGAUUUCAUGCUUUACGUCUCAUGAAUGAUAAUCCUCCUCAUAGACCAAAACCAAAGAGGUGUGAGUCUGCGCCAUGAUUCCUUCUCACUUCACUGCGACACCUCAGGACCUUUUAGCAUGUGGGCACUUCUACUACAGAGCCAUGAUGCUGUAAAACACGCAGAAGUCACUGUCUGGAUGGCAGACAGGAGACUCCACCCUCCUGGUCCCUCAAAUUUGGAUUCCUCAGACCCCAGGACGGUUCUCUACCUCACCUCAGACCAUCUCUAACAGACCUGAACAGUUUCAGCCUGCCAUCGUUCUCGGUGACACAUUAUGAUUACCGACUGUUUUAUUUGCAGUGAUUUCCACUACAGAGCCAUGCCUGUUUUUAAUGCAGUGCUACCCAAAGUAUCAAAUAUCAUUUCUUUUUUAAUCAAACGUGUUACUAAGUUGUUGUAAAUUUGGUCAAAAUCGUGCAGCCCUAUAUCCUUGCAGAUGCGUUGCCUAAAUUGAUGCGUUUCUUUUUUUGAUUGCGCUCAGUUUUACUCCACAGACUGCGGAUCAGCUGUUGCAGCAUUUAUCUGCUUCCUGCUUUUGACACUCCUAACCCUCCUCCUGUGUUAGGGUCUGCACCGACCUGUUUUUGAUAUUAAUUAUAAAAUACUCUUAUUAAAAUUAUUGCACUUGUCGUGUUAGGGUAGCUAUUGACCCAGUUAAAGUAAAAAUCAAUAAUUAAAGCAAAAAUUAAAAUCAUAUGUGCACCAGUGAUGGGCACGGCAGUUCUUUUAGAUGUACUGAAUCAUUAGAAUCAGUUCACUAAAAAGAUUCGUUCAAAAGAUUCAUUCACCAAAUUACCGAAUCAUUCAGCGCUUGGCAGGAGGAGCCUGAGACUCUGACCUCCUGGACUGAUACACAGCUGAACGGUUCAGGAUUCAGUUCAAUUCAUAGCUUCUGGGACCAGGAGACAAGAGUGUUUGGCUGUGCUGCUCUGACAAACAGGCUUAUAAAAUUAAAUUGUUUGUAUUAUACUGUCCUAUGGUAUGCUAUUUAUCAGGUCUGCUCGGUAAAUUGGGCUCAGUGAGUGAUUUGUUCACUGAACAUUUAGAAGAAUUCACACUGAACAUUCACUGUUCCCUCGCAAACCACUGCAAUAAUAGGAUGCUAGUUGUUCUGGUGGCAAUUAAAGCAGUAAAAAAAAUAAAUAAAUAAAUAAAAGUUGGUUUUGUGCGACAAGAAUGAUUACAGAGUUCAAUGCGUGAUUCGUUCACCAAGUGAUUCAGGCGUCAGUGCAUGCGGUCCCUUGUUCGCCUGGCAGUGCUGCGUGCUUUAGCAGCUGCACUGCUGACAACUCAACUAAAGGGAGAAACGAACAAAUCAUUUGAGAAAGUGAUUCCAUUCAGAACGUUCAUUUAAAAGAUUCGGUUCUUUUGAACGAAUCGUUCGCGAACAACACAACACUAUUGAGGGGUAUACUGACAAAGAAAGGCCCAGAGGAUGACAACAAAAACUAUCAAAAGUAAUAUUUUCAUGGAUAAUGAAGCCUAAUAAGGUAACCUAGAGAUGAGAACCAAAUUAGAUGGUAGAGAAUUGUUUUUAGUGUAAUUUACAGCUGAUUUCAGACACAGAUUGAAACCGAACCUUAACAUAGUGGGGGCAUAGCAAAAGCUAACACAGGAGGAUGGUUAAAAAAAACACACUUGGUUAUAAAGUCACAACUAGUAUGUGUUUAGUGUGAAACAGAACCAAAAUAUCUCCAAAUGACUCGAGUUUGAGCGACAAUCUGUGGGUAAAGCAUUCAGGUGCAGCUAAUCAGACUGAUAUCAGAGGGCGGCCAGGGCUAAAAGUUAGCAGGUACGCAGCGGUACGUAAACUUUCACCCCUGCAGUGUAUGUAAGUUACAUUUACUUACCUUGUUGCCGCACGUCAGUCUGCACUCUCCAUUGUAACCGUAGUAAUCCAAAAAGACCGCGCUGCUUGCGAGUGAGUUAAUUACUUCCGCAAACAAACAAACUCCGGAAGUCGGCACGAUGAGUGCGCACUUUUGAUUGGACGCUGGUUUCCUAGGCGCCGGGGAUCGCCUCCCGCCUUUUGCAGCUGCUUCAGUCUUCAUGAAGAAAUAAAACAAAAUGGAGGAGAGAAAAAAUCAUGUUAUGUUGAAAAGAAAGAGAAAUGCAGCAGAUGAUAGAGUAUCUGAAACAGUGAGGGAGUAAAACAGCAGAGGGGAUACUACUACUACUACUACUACUAAUAAUAAUAAUAAUAAUAAUAAUAAUAAUAAUAAUUUUAUUUUUAUAUCACUUUUAAAAACAGAAGUUUAUAAAGUGCUUUGAUAAAGCACAGAACAUCAGCACAUGGAAAUAAAAACAAAUAUAAACAAAAGCUCAGUUAAAAACAAGGUCUCCGAAUCGAAGGUCAAUUUCAUUUUUCACAAGGAACCCAGAAAAUACAAGAACCCUACAACAUAAAAUGAGACCAUGAGGACCAAAAUAAAAACAUGAAAUGUAAUAAAAAAGGGGGGUAGAGAGCAGGAAACAGGAUAGUACAUAUAAAAAGACGAUAUUAAUAAUGAUAAGAGUGAUCAAGCAACUUUCUUUAUUGUUCUCGUUCAAAUGAUCCGUUUGUCACCACAGCAUUAAACUUGGGUGUGCUCCUCUUGUACAAAGCCUACGGGUACAGAACCUGAAAGAACCUUAUCCUACUUUCACCCCUGGGGGCGACGGUGUCACAAAAGCCACUUGAAGUCCUGGUUUCAGACCACACUGGUGUAGCAGUGCUGCAUCUACCUGAUUACUAAAUUCAAAAGUACAUUUCAUGAAUUUGAUUCCUGAUAGCAGUUACCAGAAAGAAUUGAGGAAUAAUAGAAUCUUAAACAUGUGAUCUGAAAUAUAACUUAAAUGUUUAACUGUUUUAGAUUUAUGUAUAUUUGUAUAUUUGCUUUAAAUUAAGAUUCAACUUGGAGUAAAUCUGAGAGCUCCAGGUGUGACUGAAUCUUUCCUUUAAAGAGGCCCACCAUGUUUUUAUGCAUGUCGGUGAAAACCGUACAGUCCUUCAGAUGUCAGUGAGGUGAGCAGCUACUGUACUCUUCAGUACCUGCAGAGAUCUUUACAGUAUCGUGUGUUUCUGUUUUCGGCUUUUUUUCUAAACUCUUUACAGAAAGCAGGAGCCGCCCACACAUGCAAAUACCCCUCUGUGUUGUGUUUUCUAUGGUUUCCCCCUGCGCUGGGUUGUGAUUUCCUAUAAAUGGCCCUGUUAUCAGUGAAUUGACAAAAUCAGAGAGAAAUGGAAUUAGAAUUAGAGAGUUUUCAUGUGUUUGUACUUUAGUAUAUAUGACAUCUUUUCAAACCUGUAUCUCCCUACAGUUUAUUUAAAUAUGCUGUUUUUUCCCUCCAAUCUACUUUAUUUAUUUAGCACAUUUUAAAAGUAUUAAAGUUCACCAAAGUGCUGCACAGUAAAAUCAAAAAGAAACAACAAAAAAACAUAAAAGUACAUUUAAAAUGGAAUAAAAUAAAUGAAAUAAAAACAUAAAAGAAAUAGAGGUGAUUAAAAAACACAGGGAUUAGGACCGUAAAAGACAUAAAAGGACAGAGAUCACACUACCCCUCAUACUGCCACAGCAGCCUCAUUUCUUUGACAUGAAAAUGCGAUUUAUUAACAUCAGUCUUUGAAAUGAAUCCAUCCCAACAUUGAUGGAAAGUAUCAUAAGCAGCAAAUGUUUUAAAACUAAUAAAGACCGAACAGACAGAGAAGGGAAACUUGACGUGGAGAAGAGGCGUUUAGAAAAUGUGAUAUAAGUCGCCCACACUCUUUCACUUUAAUAUAAGUCUUAUUUUAACCUAAAGUAUUAAAAACUAUUUAACGUCUCAGGAGUAAAUAAAAAAAAAAGAAAAAGCCUGAAUCUACUUUCUAGACUACUCUCGCUCAGUGUAGGAGGGUUGAUCCAUUCAUACGCUGAGCAGCCGAGUUUCUGUUUUCACUUGUAUUAAAGUCUGCGAUGGAAGAAGAGCCCUUUCACCUGUUCUCUGCGAGCUGCUGCCACGAUUUGGUUUCACCAAGAACUAUGAUUGAUUGUUUAACUGGACUCGCCGUGUAGCCAGAAAGACCCAACUGGGACCGUUCAGGGCAGGGUUUUGUCUUACCGCUGAAGGGUAAGAAGAGAGAGUGAGUGAGUGUGUGUGUGUGUGUGUGUGUGUGUGCUCAGUCUGCAAGCAUUAAGAGCCAUCAGUCAAAGACACAAUUGAGGUUACAGUUGACCAUGUGACUGUGCAGUACGGUCAAAUGAAACGAUAGAAAAGGACCAUCUGUGGAGCUUUUUGAGACUUUUAUAAAAUACCAAAAUAAAAAUAACCUCAUCACAUUUCUUCAGUUUCAUAGAUUCGCAGAUACACGGCUGUUUUUUUGCAGAAAUAAGGUUCAAGUUCAGUGAUCAGUUCUGCUAGAUUCUCAUGGGGAACAAGACGGUUUGAAUCUAGUGUAGCAUGCUGGAGUUACAGAAGAGUUGAUUAUACUUUCAUUAUUGCAAAGAAGAAAAGAGAGGAGAUAUCGGCAAAGAUGGUGUGUGAGGUGAUUUAUACAAUACUAGGAAUGUUGUAAAUGCAUGAAGGACAGCGGACCAAUCACAGAGCUUGCAAAGUUUAAUUUUUUAGGCUUCAUACGUCAGCUUCUUCAUACAUACAGACUUAUGUGAACGGAAAGCAACCUGGCAGUUUCUUUUCUUUAAGCUUCUUUUCUGCAGAGCUCCAGUAGCUCAUUAACGAUUCGACUCUGAGUCUUAGGUGGAGACAGCACUGCUCGCUAACUUGCAGCCUAACCUAGUGUCUGCUCUCGUACACGCAUGUCUUUGAGGACAGGAUUAAAAGUUAAUUUCAUAUUUCUUACGAGCAUUGCAAUCUGCUAACGCACACCCUUGUUCCAUGAUUGUCCUCUCUAUUUCCCUGAGAUCUGGCCUGCAUAGCGGGUCUCCGGGGGCGGAGCUUGGAAUUGUGACAUACGAAAUCCCAUUGUGUCUGAGCCUGCCGUUUGGGUCUGCCAGAGAAAUUUCGCACUUGCUUUUCUCACGAUCUGUCCUGUAGCAUCAGAAAAAAGAAGAAAAACAUGAUUUUCAUCAGAGUGGGUCUUUAAGCUUUGACUCUGGUCACGGUCGAUUUUUCAGCUCUACUCAGACAUAAAUUGGAAUUGUGUUGUUGACUAAUUCCUGUACUGCAUUCCUCCACAUCUGUUGUGUGUCGAAGUAUGAGUGUUAGCUUUAUGAAACCAACAUGUAUGGCGAAUACUCGUCCCUUUGUGCUGUUUGAACCCAGUCAUGUCACAGGUUCAGGCUAUACAAACACACACACACACGAAUCCUCCCCUACAAUGUCAGGCCCUGCAGGUGCACCACCAGCCUGCUCACAGUCGCCUCAAACACCUCGCCUGUUUUCACACCGUUAAAUGAGCUGACUGCUUCAGGGAGUAAACUCUGAGUUUAAAUCAGACUAAAGCUUUUCUAACACACCUAAAUGCUUAAUUAUACAUCGUACGGUGUUGAAGUUUCUUUAUGAUUUUAAUCUUUGUUGUUGUUGAGAGCACUUUGUUGUCUUGCACCUCCAGAUGGUAUCUUUAGUUUUUUUUUCUGGCCCACACCAAAGAGGUUUUUCAGCAAAGAAAGCAGAGGGCGUUUCUGAAAAGGAAGUCUUUUUUUUCUCUUUUUGUGUGUUAAGUCUUUGCGCUCUUACAACGACUAAUUUUAGCUGCAGUUUACACUCUACAGAAAAGACAACAUCUGCAGGCAGAACCGUCAUUUAUUAUAAGUGGGACUAAAAUCACAUAACAGUGCUGUACACACACAAACGGAGGGUGUUUUCAGUCAUUGACAGAGGGGUGGAGGGUGUACUGGUUGCCCAUUACUCAUUACACAUGCUGCAUAGCCUCAGGUUCUGUUAGCACGGGUAAAACAGCUGGGCCAAAUGUCAAACAUGUUGCCCUGAUUUUAUUAACACCAGCCACUCACUCGUGACCUCAUAUUGACCCAAACAAACACACAUGACGACGGUGGCGAAUGAUCAGUGCUCGUUCACUGUUGAUAUGACACAUGUUGAGUGUGUUUUAUGUCUAUGUUUGGUCGUGUAUGUUCCUCAGGAUGAUUAGCUUAGCUUAGCAUAAAGACAGAGAACUGUUAAAACCAGGAUCUGGAGGAGCGCAAAGAGAACUUGUUUUUUAAAGGUUUGGUCCUUCUGACUUAACUGAUCCUCAUCUAACAUUCAGAGUUCACAUUUGUCAGCUACACUCGUAUUUGGUCUUACAUGGGUAAACUGGCUUUAACCUCGGCCCUGCCACCGGAGAUGGUCGCCAUAAUUAUGACGUUUCUUUCCGUUAAACCUGAGAGACUGUUUUUCUUCUAUGUGUGGUAUUUUCAGGUGAAUAAUUUCUAAGUUUCAGCUAAACCUAACCCCUAAUUUCCACUGCAUUCAGAACGGCUACAAAAAAGCAGUAACCGCCAAUCGGAGCUGAUCGUAAACAUUCAAGUUAAUGUGUCAAUUUACACCGACUUCUUUCCUUUCCGCUGCGGAUCUCCGGACUCCGCAGCUGAUCACAAGAGUUCUAUUUUCCGGAUGCUAGAUCUGAUCUCAUAUCGACAUCAUUUGUUUCCUGCGGUAUAUAAAAAAAAAAACUUUAAACCAGGUGAUGAUCUGGUUCAUGUUUUGUACCCAGUGCUCCUCAAUCAACUCUACAAAUAUUGCGAUUCUUUGUUGCGUACAUAGACGUGUCUCCACAGACUCAAGUGUCCGUCUCAUGUCUUGUGUUUGUUUAGUUUUGUGUAUCUAGUGUCCAUGUCUCAUGUUUUUGUAUCUUUUCCUCUUGGUUUAGUCCAGCCUCUCUUUCUCCCUCUCUUAUUCCUGGGCCUCGGCGCCCGGGGACGCCCUGACCUCCAGGUUACCCCGUCUCACUGCCGCCCUCUGACAUCGAAAUAAGUUCAACAUGUAAAGCUCCAGCAAUCAGGAGCAGCUUCUGAGCCAUCUUUUAUUAACACCGGCGUUAAAAAUUCAUUUACACACAUCCCCUCCACUUCUCCUCCAUUACUCUCAAGUCCUGACCCAUUCACUCUCACUCAUUCAUCACAUUUUAAGUAUCUUUAAUUUAGUGAUGCCUGGAAACAAAUAGAGGAAUCUAGAUAGAUAGUUUCAUUUUCUAACAGUGAGACUCUUUGGUCCUUGCCUCUACCUUUUUUAUUAAUCUUCUCACUCCUGAACUCUUUCAAUACUUUCAUCCACCUCCCUGACUUACCUGUAGACUUAUAUAAGAGUUACGUAACCAUCAAGCUCAGGGAUGGUCAGACCAGCUGAAACACGAUGACCCGAACCAAACGUGAUAAGAACGACCCGGUGUUUUCCCUCUGUGUCUCUCCAGGAGGAUGUUCCCCUUCCUCAGCUUCAACAUCAGCCUCUUGGACCCGACUGCUCACUAUAACGUCUACGUGGACGUGGUUCUGGCCGAUCAGCAUCACUGGAGGUACCAGGGCGGCAAGUGGGUCCAGUGUGGGAAAGCAGAGGGGAACAUGCCAGGUACAUUUACACACAGGAGGACUGUUAAAAUGAUGCAUAAUGAGUACUUUCACUCUGGUUAACUUGAUCAAAUCUGGAAUUUUGUCACUAUCGUUAAUUUUAUACUGUAUAUUUACGAGUUAUCAUACUUUCUCAACAUGCAGCUCCAAAUUUAGCUCAUUUUAGUUCAGCAAAGUAACAGAUGUGAGUACUCACCAGUUUCCUCUCCUUCUUCCUUUCGUUUGAGCGAGCACUUAACCACACUAACAUCAGAUCUCAGAAUUAAUUAGUGGGUUUAUCUCUUCUGUGUUUUUUUCAUAUGACACUCGAAAUUUUCAUAAAGCCUCACAGACUUCCUCAGGAUAUUUGAUGACACAUCGUUAUUUUUGAAGACAGCGCACUUACCCACAAUGAGACAUGAAAGUGGUGAGACUUUGUUUUUUUUUCCUAUCGUGAGUUCCCGAUAGUAAAGACAAAGAUUGAACACCCGCUAAUGAUCAUAAAUGUGCCUACAGGAUGAGUUUGUGACGUGCAGCUCCUCAGCUCAGCUCAGGAUGUCGAGGAAGUGGUUAAUUUAGCUGCGUUGUUUACAGUAGGCAAACCGAGAUGUGCAACAAGAUGCACGGGUGAUGUGAGAGGUUUCUGUGGACAUGUUGAUAUUGCUCCUGUCAGCAGCCUGCAGAGAGAGUCAGCGACACGAGGAAGUGAACGUUACUGAGGUGUUCUUAAAGUUAAAAUGUGAUUUCAUUUAUUUUAGUCAUUUUAAAUUCAUAUUUGUGUGAUCAUGCUCAUGCUGUCUGUGAGCCAUCUUACUUUGUGAGAGCGGGGUUCGGAUCUGCUGUCGUGUUUCUCAGGUAAACAAACUGAGUGUGAGUUUGUUGCACCAGCUCUGGAAACGUUACAUGAUACAGAUAUUUAAGGUGACAGAAAAUAGUAAAACAGAAACUAUUAAAAUGAAAUAAAAUAAUUUUUCAAAUUAAUAUCUAUGUUUAAAGUCAAUCAGAAAAAUAAAGCCAAUAAUUAACAGAAGACCAACAAUUAAAACAGUUAAAAAUAUCAUUCAAAGAAAGAAAGUAUAUAAAAAAGAAGUUUAUUCAGGAUUAUUAUUAUUUUAAAAUAUUUUUAAAACAUAAAUAUUAUUACUUGUUGGCUUAAACUGUGCUGUAUAAAUAAAAUGGAUUAAUUUGGAUUAGGAGAAAGUUACAUAUAACCGGUCUGUAUGCUGGUGAUCUCAAUGUUUGUUUGUUUUAUAAACAACUAAAAAAAUCACCCACAGGAGCUUUAAAGGCUCUUUAAGUGAUUUUAAUAACCAGAUAAAACAUUUUUUAAAGUUUAGGGGGAAAUUAACAUUUAAUGAAAUUUGUAAAUGAUCAGUGAAUUUUAUAGAAAAGGUUGUUUUUGAUUAAUUUAACACGACUGAAAACUUCUGAGUCUUUGUUUUCAUCAUCUGUGGUGUCCAGAAAUGUCUCUUCAUUAACCUCCAAUCCAGAAGAUCAGUUUUGUAGACCAGAAACAACUUUACAGUCAAUAUAAAAGCAGCGCUGUCUCAGUAUGCAAAUCUUUUAUUGUGAAGGAGUUAUUUGGGUUCACCUACAGGAAGCUUUUAUUUUUUUAAACCCGUUUUCAGACAAACACAAACACUCUUCUGCCUCCAUCCUUGUCUGUCACUCCCUGUCUUUCUCUCUUCCUCUCUUCAGUGAUUAUUUCCUCCCGUUCACACCUUGAACAGAAACAAUAACAAGUCAACCAAGACGAGCGUUUGAUUGAUGAUACCGUAACCACAACAACGUAGAUGAGGGGAACUUUAAAGUAUAGUAACAGAUGUGCCAGGUGUGUGAAGAGGUGACAGCUGAUGUGCGACAUUUGUGGAAACUGUGGUGAAACCGUUUUACUCCAUUAGAUUUAAUAGAUCAAUUGUGCGGUGAGCUGAUUGCAGGUUAGCAGGUCAGUGUGGUGACGCUGCGAAAAAAAAUCACAGCUCUGACAUCGUUUGUGUAAAAAUGAGAAAAUUAGUCUUUUUUUUUUUAAGUGUGUGUGUCACAGUCGUCUUCAUAAACGUCAAACUGAAAAAUCCAAAAGGCAAAUCAAACAAAAAAACAAAGGAGACUAGGAUUCACACAUCGACUAAGACUGACACACACCGAUCAGAACAGAGGGGAAGACAGGGACUAUAUAUACACACUGGGAAACGAGACACAGGUGAGACUCAUGGGUGAUUAAAAAAGGAGGGAAAACUAGGGCUGUGUCCGAAAUAAAUCACUCAGUCCCUAACCCCUAACCCCCAUAUGAGGUUUCACUAUAUAGCUGACUAUGUAGUGAGCUCAAUCACUGGGGGUUUCAGACACUACAUGGCGCACCGUUGUGACGUCACUGCUCAGACUCCCGCGUCUGAAGUUGCAUCUGUUGUUUUCACAUCUCUUGAAUUUUAUCAUGUUGUAUAGAUGAAUUUGUUUUUCCAGGAUGUUCGUGAAAUAAUAAAUUUUUUAAAAACAAUAAAUUAAUAAUCUAUUUAAAAGGCCUUAUAUUUUUGUGCCGAAUGUUGUUUUCUGCGUCAUGUUGUGCACGAGACUAUAUGACGCAACAAAACUGUACGGACCACUUGCGAGUGAAGUGAAGAUAAAAAACUAACACUGAAAAUGACAAAUAGAGCUCGGGUUCUGUCUCUUCGCAAUAACGUAAUGCAUGACGGGAUGACCACCACCGGUGAGUGACCAUCGGAUGGUUCACUACAUUUUGCAAUGCUCUAUGGGAAAUUUUGAGACGCCUAUAUGGGGCAUUGGAAUUGAUCACUCAGGUUUCAGACACAGCACAUUCUAGGAACACAAGGAAUCAACUCCUACAAAAUAAAACAGGAAAUAAACACCGAAAACUGAUUUAAAGAAUAAAACACAGAGAACAGGAGGGAAACACAAACUGAAAAGACUGGACUACAGGAGAACAGGAACACUAGGGAAAAUACACUCAGAUAACAAAACCAGGGAAAAAACUAAAUCAACAGUAAAUAUCAUGACAGUGUGUCUCCAUCAAUUUCAUCUGUGCCUCUCAGCUGAGAUUAUCCCCAUCAUCCUAAUACUUGAAUCAACUUUACGCAACAUCUAAAGCACUUCUAUAAACCUGCAGGUCUGCAGACAUGGCUGACAUCUUUUUAAAAUGAUAGAAACAUGCUCAUAGUUUUUGUUUUUGUUUGUUUUUCUGCUGACAGGGAACAGGAUGUACAUGCACCCCGACUCUCCGAACACAGGAGCUCACUGGAUGAGACAAGAAGUUUCUUUCAGCAAACUCAAACUCACCAACAACAAGGGCAGCACCAACAACGUGGCUCAGGUACAGAGAGAGGCGCCUUUUCUCCUGUUUUUGUCAGAGCCCGACAGCAGGUCACCAGAUAAAGUCUGAAUGGUUUAGAGAUGGACCAGUUACCAGAUUAAUGUUAUGAAGAUAAAGUCGAGGUGAAACUUCAUCUAUGUUUUCAAAAGUCAAGAACCAAACUGUGCUGAAAGAUACCAUCUGCCACCUGAGCUUAUUUACAUACAGAUAUAAGAGCAUUAUAGUAUUGGGCAUAGACACGACAUGUGAUCGUCAUUUUAGGCCUUAAAUAAUGCUGAAGAUUUGUUUGAGAGUGAACCAGAGUGUGUUUUAGUGGAGCAGAACAUUUGUCAUAUUUUGGAUGUGGUUCCUCGAAUACAGAGUCUGGACUCUUCAUCCUUGUUUAAUUAUUAUCGUCUUCUCCUCUUCAACAGUCCAGGAUCUGGUUAACCUGAUUUGAUACAGUCACAUUUUCUCUCAGACUGAGGAACAACCAUAAAAAAAUAUUAUCAUGACAGCAGAUCUGUGUCUUCUCUCCAGAUGAUCGUGCUCCAGUCGCUCCACAAGUACCAGCCUCGUCUUCACAUCGUGGAGGUCAAAGAGGACGGAUCUGAGGACCCCUUCCUGUCGUCUAAAGCGCAGACCUUCAUCUUCCCAGAGACCCAAUUCAUCGCCGUCACCGCUUAUCAGAACGCAGAUGUGAGUCACAUCGACCAGCGGAGGAUAGUUUAAUAAAAACAGAUGCAGCUUUUUUAGAGCAGCAGGUGUUCAAACCUUUAUUUUUGUUUGGAGAGUACGAUAUUUUACCCCCUAAUGUGUAAAAAUCACAACAACACCUCCUCUAACUUCUCCGACACCAUCUUAAUGCGAUUUAGACGUCAAUGAUUCAUGUCAGGGCCAUGUUUCCGUUCAUGCAUGCACGUAUGAAAAAUUCACACACGCUAAUUUAAAUCCCUACGAUCUACUCCGAGCGUUGGCACGACUUCGUGGACAGUAACCGGGUUCAACAAAGAGUCACGUCACCUCGGCUGACCUGAGCUCCUCCGUGUGUGCUGUAAACAGAUGAUCUUGAACAGCUGUUCAUUGUGGAAAACGUCUCUGCAGUUACCAACGCUCACACUGUGUUUUUCUGUUCCAUCACUGUAGACAUAUUUCUGCAAACUUAACGGCUCAGAAGAAGAUGAAGUCUUGCACGUUAUCUUCAUGAAUUAUUCGUCAGUGACCUCCUCUCUGUCUGCUCUCUCGUUUCUCCUGCGUGGUUGCUCACUCCUUCUCUUUUUCCUCUCAUUGCCCUCCUCUUAUUCCCCGCACAGAUCACUCAGCUGAAAAUAGACCAUAACCCCUUCGCUAAAGGUUUCCGCGACAGCUACGACACGUAAGUAUUCUCUUAAAAAAAGGUGUUUGUAGAAGGAAAAAAUGAGGGUCGGCUGGCUCCUUUAAGAGGGGAGGCCGAACCCGUUUUUUUUUAACUGUGUAUCUGCUCGCCAUAAAUAGUGAUGAAGGCCGAUUGCAUGGACAGUAUUAACUUCCUAUUUGAAUAUCAGAAUAGAUGAGAUCAGAGCUCAGCUGCAUGGUGAGGGUGUGAGGGGCUGUGAGAUGUUUGAGAGAUAGUUUGAGGUUUGCUCAGGAAAUAACACCUUCUUUUUUCUCCUCUCACACUCGGCUCUCUCACCCCCUCCUCCCCCUCCUCCUCCUCCUCUUCCUCCCUCAUGCCUAGGCUGUACGCACCUCCUGACUCUGACCGCCUCACGCCCUCCCCCACAGAGAGCCAGCAGCUGCUCACAGGGGGCUGCUACCCUCAGGGCUACUUCUCAGAGCAGUACAUGAGCCCCCUGCCUCAGAGCCGCUUCAGCAUGAGCCAGCAGCGCAAAGACCCCACAUCCAGCCCGGGUCCUCACAGCCACUGGUACCUGCCACCUCAGCAGGGCAUGACCCCCAACCGGCUCGACUUCCCCUCCUCGUACGAGGGCGACUUCUCUGGGAACAGUUUCUAUAAGCCCUUCCCCCUGCAGACCUCGGCUCACCACGCCCUCAGCUACUACCCCGACCAUCCUUUCGCUUCGACGAGCGUCUCCGUAUCAGGAGGCACCUCGGCGGGCUGGACCACCAGCCGGCCCACCCCUCAGUACCUCAGCCACCCGAGCAAACACGGCCCCAGUCUGGGCUGGUUCAGACCCAUAUCGUCCUCUUCCUCCUCCUCAUCUUCUUCCACGUCACCCGGCAACCCCAGGCUGCACCCGCCCUCGCUCCUGGAGCCCCUGCAGACGCCCCUGCUGCAGGAGAAACCCAAAGACUCAGUGGAGGUGGUGGGGGAGGAGCCGUGGCUGGAGCCCCCCUCUGUGAAAUCAGCCGCCUCAGCGGACUCGGGCCUGUUUGAGGGCGGCGUGGUCGACAACAAGAAGAGGAGGGUGUCGCCUUACGCGUCCAGCACUGAGAACUCCCCGCCCCCGCGCGGUGGAGACGUCUGCGAGAAGGACAGCAACAGCGACGCGGACUACUACGGCUACUACACCCACUGAUGGUCCCACACACACGGCUUCAUGCAUCACCACCGUCUCUCCCAGCGUCUUCCCAACAUCGUCUGUCCAGUCGGGGCCGGACGAGUCCCUGAACCAGAACCACAGAGUCUGAAAAGUCUCCUCUCUCCGGAGGAACUUUGAAGGUUACUGUCAAACUUCUCCAUGAACUGAAGUGGAUGUGACUGGGACGCUGCCCUACAGUCACAUACAAACACCACGCAGACAAACAGACCUGUGACUUUAGCCUCAGAAGCAUCUGGAGAUUUGGGGGUGACAAAAUGAUCUGCAUAUCUGCUUCCUGACAGACGCCUGAAGGGCUUGUCUCUUCUUUCUGCGUCAAACUCUCUCUCUCUCUCUCUCUCUCCCCCUCUCUCUCUCUCUCUCUGCGUCUCUUCUGCUCUGUCUCUUCUUUCUCACCCUCAGACGUUCACACGUUCUCCCGCAAUAUGCUUACCUUCACGUCUCCCUUCAAUUUUAAUUCACACGCUUUUUUUUUUUCUCUCUUCGAUCAGGCCCCACAGGUGCGGCGCAGCGCCUCCUAGUGGCCGCAGGCUGACAGAGCAGAGGUCAGAGGUGUCUGAGUUAACUAAUGCCAAGAGGUUAAGAGGGCUUAAGCAGCACAUGUUCUGAAGUACGAGCGCUAAUCUGAGUCGAUCCAGCCAGAGCGAUCUCCCCUGUGCGUCUGUGUGUGUGUGUGUGUGUGUGUGUGUGUGUGUGUGUGUGUGUGUGUGUGUGUGUGUGUGUGUGUGUGUGUGUGUGUGUGUGUGUGUGUGUGUGUGUGUGUGUGUGUGUGCAGAAAUAGCAGCUCCUCACACCUGGAGAUGAUCCAAAGGGAAACUGAAAGAAUGAAGGAAUUACUCAGCAGCAGAAAAGCAGAGCUGCUAUCUUUAGAGGUCCUCAUGAUCAUUGAGAUUAAAAAAUAAAACGUUCAUAACAAACCUGUCAGAGAUGAUCAGCACUUUAAAGAUUCAGAUGUUAAAAUAGAAAAACUCAAACCCAGACAAAAGGCGGGUUAAAGCAUUUCUGAGGAGUCUGCAAAUCCUUCAAACGACUUUUGUUUACGUCUAGAUCAGACAUAUUUUUAAUUCUUAUUCCGAAAAACAGAGAGUAUGAAAACUAAUCGACGGGUUUAAGUGACAGUAUGAUAAAGGGUUGAAAUCUCCUUAUUUACCUUUUCAGGUGUUCUUGAAAACCGUAAUUUCAGCUCCUCUCAGCCGCCGCCUGAAACGCUUCAUUUUGUCCGCUCUGCUUUUCCGCUCACUCAAAGUUGGACACUCCUUCUGGGUGUUACUUUUUACACAGUUUUAGUCACAAAGAAGCACAAACAGCCUCAUUAUGGUCGCUGUCGUCCUGAAAAGAAGACGAAAAUCUGUCAGUCUCCUUCACAAACUUUGCAGAGAUUCUAACACCGUAACAUCAUAUUCAUGUAUGAAAGUACAGAUCAGACAGGACCUUAAAUGCAUCAGUAACACGUGACUCUUCCAGCCUUUUCGUCCGUCUGUUUUCACUGCAGAGGAAUGUCAAACUCUAUUUUUGGAUAAAUGAGAGAAAAAUAACAUGUUAAUAAAAACACCACAACAGUGCAGAGUGUAAAACGGAUGAUUUACUGAGAAGUGGGGAAAAAAUUAUGAAAACUCACAAUAUGUAGUUUCUCUCUCUGCUGAUUCCAGAUCUGGAAACUGCUAAAUAUCGUCUGAAAAUGCAACAUUUUAAAGGUCGUGGAAAAGCUUGCUGGAUUUGUGCUUUCAGACUUGAGUGAAGGUUGAUUUUGGGAAUUCUUACUGCGAGGACAUCUACAGUUUGAAUCAAGAUGACAGUCAGAUUUAAGGGUUUCACACGUUUCAUUUGCUGCUUGUCUUCCCUCACUCUUUACUCUCCCUUCAGCUGUCGAAUAUUUAAUAAAGGUCUCAAAAGUCUCAACUUAGAUAUGAAAAACAUUUGUACAUCUGAGCUGCAGACGUCCAGAAAACAAGCUGAAAUCGGGCUUGUUAUGACAAAUCCCAGACAAGCUCAGUCGAUGUGAAAACGCUCCUGUCACCACACACAGUGAAGCCCCUGAUCAAUCGCAGCAUCGACUGCGUUGUAACCGGAAAACAGUAUUGGCAGAGGGAGGCGUGACAGCUUAGACCGCACAAACAAACACAGAGAGAGAGAGAGAGAGAGAGAGAGAGAGAGAGAGAGAGAGAGAGAGAGAGAGAGAGAGAGGGUCCCAUACAGGAGAGGAAAGUCACAGCGAGGGUGUUUCUGGGAGUCGACUCGGGUGUAAAGGACAGACUUCUUUGUUCUGGUUUCCUCGUACAGUAGCUGCAGACGUGUGAAAAGUGGGUCAAUCAGAACGGCUCCACACACCUGCUGUAGGUAAACAGACCAGGCAGUGUCACGAUAGGAGCAGGAAGCACAAAAUGACCAGACAGACACAGGAUUUCCCCCUCUGGUGUUCAGGGCGGAUCAUGUUGUGACAGCGGGUGACAGAGGCCCGGCUCUCCGCGCCGUGACAGAGAUGAAGAGUGAGGCCGCAGUCGGCGCCAAUCAGAGAUCUGCUCCUCAUUCCUCGCCAGGUGCGCUAAUGGCGGCGGACAACUCUGGGGGCGACAGUCAGGCACUUCCUCGUGUGCAGAGCAGGCGGGGUCACUUCAGUUCCUCUAUUAGGGGAUGAAAAAACUCGCAAUUUUACGACUUAGAGAGGCCGAUACACCAACAUCAGCCCAACUUAGCAUGUAGAUUUUCUGUGUUUGAGUUUUUAAAGAAAACAAACCGAAUCUAAUCUGAAACAAACUUAACUUAAAAUCUUUUAGAGCUGAAAAAUUUCUCUGUCAAACCAAAAAGAGUUGAAGUCAAAUUCUGCGUCAGACUCGGCCUCCUCUGCAGAAAACUGUCACCUCACUUGCACGCCGGCUCUCGCAGCGGUUUAUCAUUAAAGGAGCAGAACUGAGCGGGAUCUCGUGAGGCUUUUACACUUAAUAGUGACUUCAAAAAUACUCCAGAGGUUAUACCAGAGGUUUACACGAGCUCGCAGGAAUAUGAAGAUGAGAGAGAUGUGUGUCAGCCCCUGUGUUUGCUUAGUAUGUCAAGAUGAGGCGGAUUGAGUGAGAACGAAACUCUAGUGUUCGAUGGGCGCCAGCUAAAUGUUUGAACAAAACCACGAUUACCUUUCACAACAACCAUCGGGGCUCCAGAAACACCAGAAACACCAGAAACACCAGUGCGACUGCAGAAUAAGCAUUCAAAAGUUUGCAUGACGGACAUUUAAAGGCUUCAAAUCCAAAAAAUACCUUCACAACCUCUGAUUACGUUUGUUAACUUCAAGUUUUUGUACAAAUUAAACGAGCAGGAUAUGAAGUGUUGAAGGUAGGGAGCCGAACAGUUCCUGUGUGCUAAAUUUGUACAAAGACUAACCCUUCGUCUGCGGCCGCUUUAAGAAGAGACGAUCAAAAACACGACGGUGCUGCAUGUGGGAAAACGAUCAUAACAGUUACAAAAUCCUGUGUGAAGAAUACAUGACAUUACAGGUGGAAAAACAAGAGGGUUUUUAUGGACCUCAGUGAAGGUGCAUGAGGAUUAAUUGUUGUUUCAAGUGCAAUUAAUAAAAGUAAACGAGUUCAAAGUUAUCAUGGCGUUAAAAAGUGAAUUAGAGGACAGUUCAGGGUCCUCGCUGCCUGCAGACGAUGACAGUUAUUUAUUUUAUGUGCUGUGUUUUUUUUUGUGCAAGCCCUCGUUGAGCUGCAGACACCUCAGGAACGCCCUCUGCUGGACAUCUCCGCUAUUACAAUCAACUUCAGCUUAAUCCCUGAUGUUAAACCUCUUAUACCUCCAUUUCCCAUGAGUCUGUGCUCCCUCUGAGCCCUCGUUUGUCUCCGUCAGAGCAAAGUCUGUGUGUGUGGGAGCUGCAUCUCCAGAGAUUUUACUGUAUAUUAUAAAAAUAGAGGAGCGAAGAGCGGGCGAAAGUGUGUUCUUUUUGUGUGUCGUCUCUGUGCACUGUUCAUGUGGAGGGUGGAAGUCUCUCCUCCUUUUUGUCUCUUCCAUCGAAAGCUUAUAACAUGUGAUGCAUAAAAAGAAGAGAUUUCUGAAGGGGAAAUUGUUAUUUAUUAAAAGGUGGCAUAAUUGUGUAUUGUACUGUUGUUUUUUUAUUCAUGAAAUUAAAGCUUACACAUAAAAAGAAAAA